AUGGCUGCUAGGACCAUUCGAUUCUUGACAUUGAAUCAAGUCCAGUACCUUCAUCGACGGCACAUCGCUGAAAGGUUCCCAACCCAACCGAAUCUACUCGAGUCCGCCCUUCAUUCGCCAAUGAAUUUGAAACACUAUGCUAAGCAAGAAGACGUUUUUCAGCUUGCUGCAAAUCUCGCAGAGAAAAUCAUGCGAAACCAUGCCUACCAGGACGGAAACAAGCGCACUGCCCUCUUAGCUGCUGAUAUGUUCCUGAAAGUCAAUGGGUACUACCUCCAGAAAGUGCCAUUCGCUGAUGAUGCGAACAACAAGGGCUUGUCCGAUGCUCAUGUUGCUCUCGUGACCAAUCAGAUGAAUGCUGAAGAGCUGGGACGAUAUUACAGAACGGUGGCCCUCCCGCUUGUCGAGUUGACACCUGAUAUCAUCGAAUACCGAGACGGAGCAAUCGAAUACUAG